AUGCCCCCGUCCCCCCCCGUCUCCUUUCGACCCGCCGGUCCCCUCGGCCCCCGUCCCGGUCGCCCCGGGUCGCCCGGCGGGCCGGAGGCGGAGGAGCCGGGCCGCGCCGCCCGGUCCGGGCCGUCGCGGGGAAACGCCGGGGUGGGGGAUCGGCGGCCCGCCCCGCCCCGGCUCCCCGCCGGCCCUCCCCGCCUCGCACGUCGGGCCCCCGGCCCGCCCGGUCGGGGGGGAGGGCCGCGGGGGCCCCCCGGGGUCGGCGCCGCCCCGACCGCCGCCCCCGCCCCCCCUCUGCCGCCGCCGCAGAUGCAGGCGACCUCCGUGGCUCUGUCGGGCCUCCUGUUCCUGGCCGUGAUGUCCGUCGUCCAACGUCCCCUGAUGGUCAGCGACCGGACGGACCCGGCCACCCUGGCCCGGAGCCGCCGGCUGGAGAAGCUCUCUCUAAGGUCACCCGGGGGCGGCGGGAGGGUCUCCGGCUGGAUCCUCAGCAACCUGGCGAACCUGGGCGUCCUGGGCCUCUUCCUCCUCUUCGAAGUCCUGCGGCAGAACCUGCGGCACGGAGCCUCCUCCGACCCCGGCAGCGAGGAGGAGGAGGAGGAGGGGCCGGGGGCCCCGGACGACGGCUUCCUGGAGCGCUGCCUCGAGGCCUCCCCCCGGGUAGGGCCCGCCACCUGCGAGUUCGCGGAGAGCUUCGUGGACGACCUGCUGGAGAGCUGCCGGGCCCUGAGCCGCCGGCGGGAGCUCCUGCGGCUGGAGGACUGCCUGGGGCUGGGGCCGGCCUUCGAGCGGCGGGGCCCGCCGCGGGACCCCCCGGAGCUGCGGGUCCUGGUGCCCGUGCCGCCCCCGCGGGGCGAGGCCUUCCUCCCGGAGCCGCCGCCCCCGCCGCCGGCCCGGCCGCGCUCCGGCCGGAUCGCCGUGGGCCCCGAGUGCCCGUGCGAGCGCCGGAAGGCGCCGGGGGGACGUGCUGUGCCUGGUGCGGCGGCGGGUGGGCACUAA